GUGACCAGCUCCCCUAGCAGCGCUCGGGAGAUGUCAGCGAGGUCUCGCGAGAUGUGACGGAAGCCUGUGGGGGCCCUGGGCUUUAAUGUGCGGUUCGGGCCGUGCUCCGGGGGAAACUGAGAAAAGCUGUUCCAGCCUCAUCCAGUUAAAUGGCCCAGGAAGCUGCAUACCAUCUGAUAUCGAUACUUUUAUUGCCAUGAAAAGGAGGACGUGAUAAGGUGUUCACCUUAUAAAAUUUGGCUUACGUAUGAAAUCUGGCAGGUAAUACAGCGACCUGUGGAAUAUGAGUGAUGACAAACCCUUUUUAUGCACAGCCCCUGGAUGUGGCCAGAAUUAGAUGCAAACUAAGUGUGAUGCGCGCUCUGGUAUUCAGGAAGUCUCUGGACGUUAACUGAUGGCAGAGAACGUGUGUAGCAAUGCACAAGGGCAUCACUAUACAAUGUUGAAAAGUUUCAGAAAACUUCUGAGUCUCUCCCCAUGCGUAUAAUAAUCUGCGUUUUACCAACGAAGAUCAUUUGGCUGUCCAUAAACAUAAACAUGAGAUGACACUGAAAUUUGGUCCAGCUCGUAAUGACAGUGUCAUUGUGGCUGCAGGUGGAGCAUCAGUACCCCUUCUGACUGACCUGAACAAAAGAGAGAAAGGAGUAUGCCUCGGAGGCGUGGGAGACUUUUUAACCACAUGUCAUAUCUCCCUUUACAACCUUGUCCCUGGGUUUUGGAAUGAAAAAGUCUUCCCAAUUACCAAAACUGCAAGUGAAUGCCACCUUCCAAAUAUACCAUUAUUAAUAUCAGACACCAACACCAACUCGAUUCUUGAAGAACUGUGAAGAAGUGGGUUUAUUCAAUGAGCUAGCAAGUCCUUUUGAAAAUGAAUUCAAAAAGGCUUCAGAAGAUGACAUUAAAAAAAUGCCACUAGAUCUCUCCCCUCUUGCAACACCAAUCAUAAGAAAUAAAAUUGAAGAGCCUUCAGUUGUGGAGACAACUCAUCAGGACAGUCCUUUACCUCAUCCAGAAUCCACUACCAGUGAUGAAAAGGAAGUGCCACUGCAGCAGACAGCGCAGCCUACUUCAACGAUAGUUCGUCCAGCCUCAUUACAGGUUCCUAAUGUACUGCUUGCAAGUUCUGACUCAAGUGUUAUUAUUCAGCAGGCAAUACCUUCACCAACUUCUAGCACUGUCAUUACCCAGGCUCCAUCCUCCAACAGACCAAUAGUGCCAGUACCAGGGCCUUUUCCUCUGUUGUUACAUCUUCCUAAUGGACAAACCAUGCCUGUUGCUAUUCCUGCCUCAAUCACGAAUUCUAAUGUUCAUGUCCCUGCUGCAGUUCCACUUGUUAGACCCGUCACCAUGGUGCCUAGUAUCCCAGGAAUCCCAGGGCCUUCCUCCCCCCAGCCAGUGCAGUCAGAGGCUAAAUUGAGACUGAAAGCUGCUUUGACCCAGCAGCAUCCUCAGGUAACAAAUGGAGAUACUGCCAAGGGACAUGCUAGUGGAUUGAUUAGGACUCAGUCAGAGGAAGCCCGACCACAGUCAUUACAACAGCCUGCUACAUCAACCACUGAAACACCGGCAUCCCCAGCUCAGCCCACACCACAAACCCAAAAUACGGGUGGCCGUCGAAGAAGAGCAGCAAAUGAAGAUCCUGAUGAGAAAAGAAGAAAGUUUUUAGAACGAAACCGUGCUGCUGCUUCAAGAUGUCGGCAAAAAAGAAAAGUCUGGGUGCAGUCACUAGAGAAAAAAGCAGAAGACUUAAGCUCCCUGAAUGGCCAGUUACAGAAUGAAGUCACCCUGCUGAGAAAUGAAGUGGCACAGCUGAAACAGCUUCUUCUGGCUCAUAAAGAUUGCCCUGUAACCGCCAUGCAGAAGAAAUCUGGCUAUCAUACUGCAGAUAAGGAUGACAGUUCUGAAGACAUUUCAGUGCCAAGUAGCCCACAUACAGAAGCUAUUCAACAUAGUUCUGUCAGCACUUCUAAUGGAGUAAGUUCAACCUCCAAGGCAGAAGCAGUAGCCACAUCAGUUCUCACCCAGAUGGCGGACCAGAGUACAGAGCCAGUUCUUUCACAAAUUGUAAUGGCUCCUCCUUCCCAGUCACAGCCUUCAGGAAGUUGAUUAAAAACCUGCAUUACAGCAGUUUCUUAGAUAUAUGUUUUUGACUUCAAAGGGAAAUCAAGAAAAGACCAGUCUUCACCUAGGAGAAAUCUGUAGUUUAAAAUUAUUCAUUUUUAAAAUUCAGAUUUAAAUUUGGCUUUAAAGAUUGGCAGAUGAAGAUGAGACUGAAAAGUAGUUUCCAGUCUCUUUGCAAAAGACUGAUUUUUUAAAAAAUAUUAGAUUUACUAGUUAUUUUCUGUGCUCAAUGUGUAAAGUGUGUGUACAGUACAAUGUGGUUUAUUUCAUUUUUAAUUUGGUUUUAUUUCAACAAACAUUGGGGUGAAUUACUAAAGCUCGUUCCCAAGACUGUGAUGAUAAUAUUGUUAUGUGACAUUUUAUACCAAAGUUCUGCAUAGUCCCUAUUGACUUUGUAAUGUUAACAAGGUCAUAAAGCACUAGGCAAGAGAAAAGACAGUAACAGUAAAUUUGCUUUUAGUCUUUUUGCCUUUUUAUUGUUUUGCACAUUAUGAGAGAGAGAACAUUGGGAGAAAAUGUUUGCUUAUAUUAUGUAUAGCAUUUUGUUUGGCUUUUUAACUGUUGAUUUUUUGUUUAUUCGUUCAACAGGGCCAGUACAGUAUAUGAGAUACAGUACUCUUAUGCACAUACCUAACCUAGAUGAGGGUCAUUACUUAUUAGAUUUUUUUUUAAACUGAUAUCAAUUUUUUCAACACUUUUUCCUUUUUAAGGAGAGGAGCUUUACUUCUUUAAUCAGAACAAAGUUCUGCAGCUAGCCUUUGUUACUAGCUUAAUAGGAAACAGUAAGAAGAUACUGUACAAUUACAGGGAUCUCAGAUAUGGAAGAGUUUCAAAACUAGUUUGAUAUUUUGUGGAUUUUUGAGUUGCAGACUAAGGAGUUCAUUCAUACAAGUAUAUGGUCUAGAUGCCAGAAAAGUCUAAAAAUCCCUCGUUAGACAGCUCAAGACUUUUUUUUUUUGUCAUUGUCUUGUAUUUGCAAGCUAUCUUGUACUUAAUUCUUGUGUAAGCACUGUCAUCUUUUAGUAGCAAAAUUUUGAUACCUUGUGGAAAAAAUCAGUAUCUACCGUAUCUUGGAAACAAUGUAAUUAUAAUGUGAUGUGUGUGGCGUGUGUGUGUGAGAAUGGUUCAGUAGUUUAUGCCGGCAAUCUUUGCUUGAAUGUUUAAAGAUGCCUUCAAUGUGAUGCUGGCUGAUAGAUGAUUGCAGUUUUAAAAUGUUAUUUACUGUGCGAACUUGGAUAACUAACAUUCCAUGAUGUAGUUUGUUUCUGAUGAGAUGAUUGUAGGUACACUUUUUCUCAUUAUCCAAUCAUCUGUAGGAUAUUGAGUUUUUUAAAUGUGCCAUUAUCUAUUUUGAUUCUGUACUCAUGUUCAAACUACAGUACAAGAUUUUACAAUAGAUUAAGUUGUAAAAAAAAAAAGUAGAUGUGUGCUUUCAGGUCAGAAAACUUUGUAUAAUAGCAAAAAAAGAUACAUAGUAGCAACUUCUGGCUAAGACAGGAUUCCAUUAUGUAUAUAACAAAGAUUUAAUGCAUUUAUAAUGGGUUAUGUAGUUCAUUUGCUCUUCCUUCUUCAUCUACAAGUCUCAGUGCCAUCAAAUUCCUUAUGAGAUUCAGUUUUAAAUCUACAUAUAAUUGGUAAUACAGAGGAAGAACAUAAUUUGUAUAAUAUACAACCAUACUAUAAGAAAAACUGGACAAAGAGUUAUCUAAAUUGUGUAUAUAUCAUUUCAGUGCUUUAAGUGUGGAAAUAAUAGGAUAUUUUGUAUUUUAAAAAUAAGGAAAUAAUUUGAGUUAAUCUCAUAUUUUUAAGCAUUCUUACUUUAACCAUUUCACAUAAAAGGUAUGACUUAAUUACUGAAAAUUUCCACAAUGAUGAACUCUACCUUAAGUCUGGUGAGAAAGGAAUUGAUCUUAAAGGCACAAAAUGUGAAUUUUACCAGAAAGUUAUACAGUCAUUUCUCUUCAUUGUAAUUUUGGUGGACUAGAUAAAGCCUCAUUGUUUGUUGUUGUUUUUUUAUUUGCUCUCCUAAACACUACAGUUUUUUUCAUUUUAUUUAUAUAAGUGAAAGUUUUUUUAAUAAAACUGUUGCGCUUGUAAAAUAAGUCUACAUAAGUGUGUAGGAGACAUGUAAACAGUUAACGAAUUUAACAAUGGGGUUGGAAAAGAACCAUUAUAAACCUAUCUGUGUUCAACAAAUAGAAACAAGUUAAUAGUUGUACACCAUGAAUUCCGUUUUGAGAGAUGUGUCACACUACUUCUGUACUUAGCAUUUGGGUCUUUACAUUUGACAUGUUUCACAAACUGUACUGUUUUCUUUUAUGUGCAGUUUGCAUGAGUAAAUCAUCAAAGAGAAUAAAAUCUAUCUUUAAAUUAUGUUCCUAUUUUAAUGAAAUUAUAACUGUUCUAAGCAGAUUUCUUUCUCUCUUAAUUAUUGCCAUUUUUUAAAUUUUUUUGUAGAACCCAUUACCAUUGUGUAUAAGAAACAUCAUGUAAAUGUAGAAGAUCAUCAACUUUUUCUAGAAAAGGAGUCAGGUGUCAUUCUUCUACCACUGGAUUCUCUGAGACAUUAGAUUUUCAUCCUUAGUUCUUAGAUAACAGAAAUGAGUCAUAAGAUGGCUUCUAGGUCACAGAUAUGGCUUAACCUGAUUCCUGGUUGGCAUGAGUUCUGCAGCAAAAUUUAAUUUGCUUUUAUAUAUCUCAUUGAUACUAUUUUGUUGUUCCAAAAAGAAUGUAAAUCCACAAUUAACCUUUGCAUCUUAAUGAACACAAGAGGUGUCUGGAAAAUAAUAGAUUUGGGAAAUACCACAAAAACCGUGAGCAUCAUUCAGCUUUAAAAUGAAAUGUGCUUCUUGUAUUUUUUUCCAGCAAAUUUGAAUUGCACUUUACAAAAGCAUUUCUGAAAGUAAAUUGUAAAUUUACAUGUUCACUUGGAGUGAUGCAUAAAAGUAUACUGACAGCAGAACUAGGUAUAUAAUAAGCAAGGAGAAAAUAUACCUGGUUUAACAAAUCAGUUUAUAUAGGUAGCACUAAAUUGAAACCUCAAGUAUCCGAAUAAAAUAAGAGAUGUUAAAUUAGGCUGAACAGGGUUUCAGAUAAUGUAAAACUGGUACACUUAAUUUAUGCCUGACUCAUUACUCUAUUUUGGCUAACUUUGGUUUGUGUCUGUAUUGAUGCAUCCAAAUUGAUAUUCCGUCUGCUUAUCUCCCUCACUAGAGAAAUUACUGGAGCUACAUACAUUUGCAUUGUACAGUUGUAAAUAUUAGCUGUAUCUACAGUUGCUUCUUUGUAAAAUUUCUAACUGUUUUAUAAUAACCGGUGUUGGCAAGGAUCUCAUCUACCCUCCAUAGAUUAGGCCUAUUCGGCAUUGUUGAUAUAUUUUUGAUGGCCACAGGAGCCUUGUUUACAUUAAUAGUAGGUUUCUGUGUCGCUAGCUUUUCUUGUAUUCUAUUUUUUAAUUUGUCUGUCAUAAUAGUAUAGGUUUUUUCCUGGUUUUAACAAUCAUGCCUUUUCCCUGUAAUCACAUAUGUAUUUUCAGUGAGUUGCGCAUACAUGUUUUGUCAUUGUUUGCAACCAGUGUGUGAACUGUAAUUAACCAGCAUUACCACCUCAUAUUUCAGGGGCGAGCUGUCAAAGGGAGCUUUUUCUCUGGCCUGUACACCUAGAAUCUGCUUGUGACACUGUGAGCUAAGGUAUGCUGAGAGGUAUUUCUCAGCCAUAAUGCAAAUCAGAUCCAUUUUUUAGGGUAUCAGGGGGUAUCUUUGUAGAAUAAAAUGCAUUGUAAAGUUCAGUUUUUAUUUAGUUAUCAUAUUACCUGCAGUGACUUUGCAGCGACAUGACACUUCAAGAGGUUUCAGUAUGACACAAUGUAGUUAUAGAUAUGCUACAGAAAUCAGGAGAUUUCUUUGAAUUCAGGUGGUGUGCAUCUUUCCUUUACAUUGUACAAGGCUAUGUUCCUGAGCAAGCCCUACCCACACCUUUCACUGUAUGCUUUUGCACAGUUUGCCAGGAAGACCACUCUGGUGUUGACCCUAGUAGCUGCUCUCAAGACCUUGGUCUUAACAGAAGGACAUCUUAGAACAGCCUCACUGGCAUCUUUCUGGGUGGGGAGUAUGCGAGUGUACAUGGGUGGGUUGUGAACCCGUUUGGGAACAGCCUAGCUGGUAUACUUUAUUGCUGUGCUAUAUACUGUUCAUACCCCCCAAAAUAAAGCAUGACUGAUUUGAGGAGAGAUUUUUAAUCUCCCAGGUUUAGGACCGCUACUAAUGUAAUGAUGUCUAUCCACUCUUUAAAAGGAUAACAGAAAAGGUAUAUAAAAACUUGAUUAACUUCCACCAUUGUUUUAAAACCUCCACUGUUUUAAAGCCUUUAAAGUCACUGUAUUUUUUGCCAUUUUUAUAAUAAUGUUCCAUAUUUUGCUUGUGUUACUCAUUCAUAGUUAUUUUUUUUCUAAUAUUUUUUGUGGGGGAGGGGAGGAAGGGAAUGGAGGUUCAUAAUUUCUUCAGGACUUUGUAUGUAGCUAUAUAAAUAAUUUUUAUCUUGAAUAUUAUUAUUUAUCAGAAGAGUGUAUUGAAAUUUGUAUGUAAGAAUAUUCUUUAUUUGCAUGCCUAGGCAAAUGGCGAACAAUUUAGACAACCUAGAAACUGAUUAAAAUGGCUAAUAAGGAAUCAGAAAAAGCUUGAAGUGAUGAAAAAAAAUUAUGAUUCUGGGAGCUUCUUAAACCAGUCACAACAGGUAGGAAUUGGCUAGAGAGGAAAGGCUGUGGUAUUUGUAGCCAGUGAUGACUAGUGUGUUGGGCUAGAGAACCUGCCUGGCAUUCUAACUUGCCAUAGUUGUACUUAAGGGGAACACAUCACACUUUUGGGAGUUGUCAGUUUCAGGCCGAGAAGAUGAGCUCCAAGAGUGAGCAUGCUGUCAGAAAGAGAUCUUCAGAAAAGCAGAAUUACAGGUAAGCAAGUUUUCCUUAUGUGCACAUAUGUUGCUGGGAAAUGAAGUACUAAAUCUUGUCUGGGGCUAGCUUGAUAAAUCAAAGUACAAACAUAAACUAUUACAGCUCCAUUUACAAUAGUCUGUCCCCAGGUGGAGUGAACACAAUGAACAUGAAAGUAUGUGAUAGGUCUGUUCAACUUCUUGAAGUGACAGCAUUCAAAUCUUAAGUUUUAUGGCAUAAAAUAAUCACUCUGCAUGAUCAAGUGAGGAAUUUCUUCACUUCUUUUGCAACAUAGUAUUGUCUAAAUGCUUUGUGGGUAUUUUCCUCACAUUUUCGGAAUUACGGGUAUUGGUCCGUCACUAAAGGCAAGGUAUUAUCUUUGAAAAAUUACUUGUCCAAUCUACUGGGAAAUUAUAAUUAUCAAAAAGCCUCUUAAUUUUUAACUUCUGUGAUAUUUAAAAUGGAAAAUUGCAACAAAAUAAUGCAUACAGAAUUCUUCUUAGUUAAAAAAGGCAUAGGUAGAAGUAGAAGACAGGUUAAGAGUGUAAAGAGGCCGUGUCUCUAUUUUGAUCAGACACAAAUCACUUUAUUCAAAGAAAGUUACAUAGAGAAUAAAUGACCACACACUUUCCUCUACCCACUGAGCCCUACAUUCCAUUCUCUGAUUGUACCCUGCCCAAUCCCCUAAUAUUGCUUCAGACAGUAACCUCUAUGAUUAAUGAUAAUUAUAUUAAAUUUCUUCACUAUAUAGUAUUUAUAAUCAUGGUCUAUACAUUUUGAUCUUAUUUUAGACAAGUUAUAAGCAACCAUCCAUACAGAUUUUUGAGCUGCAAAAGAUGCACUUACCU